AUGUUCAACCUUGGAGAUACCACACAGGAGGUUAUCUGGGAUACCAAUGCCUAUGACUUUCUCCAAGAUGACGUGUCUGGCACUGCAAAUCCAUCUUUAUGGAGACAAGGACAAUUAUGCAGUGUCACUGCGGGCCUUUACCAGGUGACCGAUGGCGUUUACCAAGUCCGUGGCUUUGGUCUUGCAAACAUGAGCAUUGUCGAAAUUCCCAAGUCGAAUGGCAUCAUUAUCAUUGACUGCUUGACUUCGGUCGAAACUACACGCAGUGCCCUUCAACUCUACUUGGAUGAUUACAAGGAAAGAACGGAUCAAGAUGCGGAGGUCAGGCCUUUUUCUAUACUCACUGUCACGCGGAUCAUUUCGGUGGGCUCUCCUAUGGCUUUCACUUUCCCUCAGACCACUCCGCCUAGUCGAGGUCAACGAGAGCUGUAUUAUCUUGCCCGGGAAUAUGCCAGCCAUAGCAGAGCAGGACAGGCUGGAAGGAGAAGGAAUCCUGCCGUGUCUAUCCGGCUUUGUUCGCCGGACUGGAACAGAUGA